CAGGAACGAGAUCGCGUGAGACACUUUUUUUUGGGUGUGCCGGGCAGUAGUCCCUGAUCACUUGAACUUCAACCAUCACCGUCCCCACCGGAAACGCCCUUAAUAACGUCGAGCUCCCUGUCCGCGACGACGACGACCACCCUUUUUAUUUGUUAUUUUUAGGGUCGUAUGGAACCCAACGCUGUCGCUGGAAGCGAGUCACCACCAUUACGAUCCACCAUUCUUAGCUCCUUCCUGAGAGGACGACCUCGUAACACCUCCCAGUCGCAUCCUGAAGUUCCCAGAGAACUGUCGCCAUCACCUACAGGCCAGCCACCGUCGCCAGUUGCCGCAGAAGGUAGCCACAGACGCCGGCCAGCAGCGGCAAUCAUGCCUCCGACAGGUGGCGUUGUACAGCCAUCUGUAUCAGCAACCAGCACCACGUCCACCGGUGGCCUUGGAUUAUCCCACAUGUUACGACGACGACGUUCCGGGGGCGUGAUAUCGGCGCAGACGAGCCCUGUCGUGCCAGCACUGCCGUCGCCAGCAGCACUUGUUCAGGCGACGACACCUUCAACGGCACCAGCAUCGCGACCAAAUACCGGCCCCAGCCACCGCCUGCGUCUCGUUCCCCAUCUAGACUCUCGCCGCUCGCUUAGGUUCGAUGCUAUAUCACGCGAUGUCAAGGAGGGAGAUACCCCGCUGCGCAUUGGUCGGUUCACGGAUCGAUCAGGGAUAGGUCUUGCUGCCGUCAAUGCCCUGCAGAAUAGCAAGGUCGCAUUCAAGAGCAAGGUUGUCUCAAGGGCACAUGCAGAGAUUUGGGUCGAUGCGAAUAGUCGAUUUUUCGUCAAGGAUACAAAAUCAUCAUCAGGGACGUUCCUGAACCACGUCCGGCUCUCUCCUGCCAACACAGAGUCCCGGCCACACCAGAUCAAGGACGGUGAUAUCCUUCAGCUUGGUGUUGAUUAUCAGGGUGGUACAGAGGAUAUCUACAAGUCGGUAAAGAUCCGGAUUGAGCUGGGCAGGGAGUGGCAAGCCGCUGCAAAUGCCUUCAAUACGAAUGCUUUGAAAAAUCUUAAAUCUCUAUCAGCCACCGUCGCUCCUGUGAAGCCUGCUGCCGGGGUGAAGACCCCGACCAAGUCAACUAUUCCUGACUGUUGCAUAUGCCUCUUCAGUGUCACAAUCCGUCAAGCCCUUUUCAUAGCACCCUGCUCCCACACCUUCCACUACAAAUGCAUCCGACCUCUUCUCGAAUCGCAUCAUCCUGCUUUUUCCUGUCCGCUCUGUCGAACUUUUGCCGAUCUCGAAGAGGACGUCGAGGUGGAAGCGGAGGCCGAUGACGAAGACGAUUCUUCGGCCGUAGAGGAUAGUGCCAGGAAACGAGAGAAGGAGGCAGCUGAUGCCGGCGGUGCUGAGACGGAAGUCGAAGGUGAUAUUGUUGGCAGUCGGGUGCGCAGGCGGUCCCGAGGGCCCAGUAUGGAUCUCAUGGACGAGGAAGAAGAGGAAGAGGAAGGCGAAGAGAUGAUGGUCGAUGGUGACCUACGGUCUGGUGAGAUGGACGUUGAUCAUGAAGCGCCGCACGUCGAUAGUGAAGGCAGUGGAGAGGGAGGAAGUGCUGGCGAAGGAAUGCAUGUAGAUGUUGAUACCCCUGAUACAGGUGACGAUGGCGAAGGCCCUGCUACGAAGCGUAAGCGGUAAUCCUUUGACCGCUGUAUCCCUGGACGACUUGCACGACCUAGUGUAGAACGUAUCUUAAUUCCAUUUGAUGACCGGUAUAUUUAAUCCAUGCCUGAAAGGUUGAAUAUCGCAGUG